AUGUCCCAUUCAGAUGGCUCUUCGACAUUCGGCUCCCGUCAGAGCCAACAGCAACCCCAACCCCUGCUCCUCCACUACGAGUCCCCCGCAUCUGAAUGGUCUGAGGCCCUACCAAUCGGCAACGGGCGGCUAGGCGCGAUGGUCCAUGGGCGAACUCAGACCGAGCUUCUCCAACUGAACGAAGACUCGGUCUGGUACGGCGGUCCGCAGGACAGGACCCCAAAAGACGCCCUCCGCCACCUGCCGAAGCUCCGACAACUCAUCCGAGAUGAAAAGCAUGCCGAGGCCGAGUCGCUGGUGCGCGAGGCGUUCUUUGCGACGCCUGCGAGCAUGCGCCAUUAUGAACCUCUCGGCACUUGCACCAUCGAGUUCGGCCACGCCGUCGAGGAUGUGACUGAUUAUCGCCGAUACCUGUGUCUCGAAUCAUCUCAGACGACCGUUGAAUAUCGAUGCCGGGGGGCCUCGUACCGUCGAGAUGCCAUUGCGAGUUUCCCGGACAAUGUACUGGCGUUCAAAGUGGUCUCGUCCGAGGCCACUCGUUUCGUCAUACGACUGAACCGUCUGAGCGAGAUUGAGUAUGAGACGAACGAGUUCCUUGACAGCAUUGACGCGACAAAUGGACGUAUUGUUCUCAAGGCGACUCCUGGUGGUCAUAAUAGCAAUCGCUUGGCGAUAGCGUUGGGUGUGUCUUGCGACGAUGCAGAGGGUUCCGUGGAGGCCAUCGGCAAUGCACUGAUAGUCAAUUCGGCUUCAUGCACUAUUGUCAUGGGUGCUCAAACAACCUUUCGAACUGAGGACCCUGAGGCCGCCGCUGUGGACGAUGUACUCAAAGCGUUGAGCCGUCAAUGGAGUGACUUGGUUGAACGUCACCAACAAGAUUAUGCUGGCCUCUUCAAUCGGGCAUAUUUGCGGAUGUCGCCUGAUGCGAGUUAUCUGCCCACAGACGAACGACUCAAGAACAGUCGAGACCCGGGAUUAGUCGCCUUGUACCACAACUAUGGAAGGUAUCUACUAAUAUCAUGCAGCCGGAACUCCAUGAAGGCUUUGCCAGCAACCUUGCAGGGCAUCUGGAAUCCAUCUUUUGCACCGCCAUGGGGUUCGAAAUACACUAUCAACAUCAACCUACAGAUGAACUAUUGGCCAGCAGGGCCAUGUAGUCUCAUCGAAUGCGCCAUUCCCGUUCUCGAGCUUCUAGAAAGAAUGGCCGAGAGGGGAAAGAAGACUGCGAGAAUCAUGUAUGGGUGCGAAGGAUGGUGUGCUCAUCACAACACCGACAUGUGGGCCGACACAGACCCUCACGACCGGUGGAUGCCCUCGACCAUAUGGCCUCUUGGUGGGGUCUGGAUAUGUAUCGACAUUUUCGAACUUUUGCAGUACGAGUACGAUGAAGACCUACACAGAAGAGCAGCUGUGGCCUUAGAGGGUGCGAUUGUGUUCUUGCUCGAAUACCUAAUACCUUCGGCCUGUGGGAGGUAUUUGGUCACCAACCCAUCUCUGUCUCCUGAGAACACAUUUCUAUCGGAUUCGGGAGAGCCAGGCAUCUUAUGCGAGGGAUCUGCUAUAGAUAUGACCAUCAUUCAAAUCGCUUUCAAGAAGUUCCUCUGGAGCACUAAUAUUCUAGGUGGGGACAAUUCGCUGAGAGCUAAAGUGGAAGACGCCCUUGAAAGGCUCCCGCCCCUGGUGAUUAACUCGGACGAUUUGAUCCAAGAGUGGGGACUGAAGGACUACAAAGAACAAGAGCCGGGCCAUCGCCACGUGUCUCAUCUGUUCGGGCUCUACCCCGGAGAGAGUAUCAGCCCCUCCAGGUCGCCAGACUUGGCCGCGGCGGCAAAGCACGUCCUGGAAAGAAGGGCUGCUCAUGGAGGGGGGCACACAGGCUGGAGCAGAGCAUGGUUAUUGAAUCUUCAUGCUAGGCUCCUGGAUGCGGAAGGUUGUGGACAACACAUGGACCUUCUGCUCAAAGGGUCAACGUUGCCGAAUAUGCUGGAUAGCCACCCGCCGUUCCAGAUUGAUGGCAACUUUGGUGGGUGCGCUGGCAUUCUCGAAUGCUUGGUCCAGUCGUUCAUCAUUGAUGCCAAUACAGUUGAAAUUCGACUUCUGCCCUCGUGUCCGAAGGACUGGGCUCAGGGGCAGCUCACAGGCGUCAGGACGAAGGGCGGCUGGCUCGUUUCGUUUAACUGGCAAGAUGGUGUGAUUGAAGAGCCAGUCGUGGUUAAAACAACAGCAACUAAGGUUUCCGAAGCUCAAGUCAUUUUCCCGGGAGGCAAUCGGUCUCUUGUACGAGCAGAUCCUUCUGCAUCUACACAGAAGGUCUUCGCAGCCAAAGAGUAG